AUGAAUGUAAAGGUUCUUCUGUCAUUAGCCUUAUUGUGGGCGGUUACGGCGGAUAAAGUGCCGUUAUAUACGUACAGCUCUCCAGAACAGGAUUCUGACGAAUAUCCAGACGAGUCCAGCGAAGCCAACUACAACUUCAACUGGGCAGUGAAACACGACUACUCGGGCAACAACUUCGGGCACCAGGAAGCCCGCGAUGGUUCCAGAACUCGAGGGGGGUACUACGUCCAGCUUCCAGACGGUCGUUUGCAGACUGUAGAGUAUUACGUCGAUGGGUAUUCUGGAUACAAUGCGGACGUCAGCUUCCAGGGCGAAGCUCAGUACCCUGAUUCAGAUGUUUCUAGGGAGUAUCCACCUACAAGGCCAAGAUACUCGCCUUCCAGAAUUCCUGAUUCUUCUGAGUCUCUCGAGGUUUAUACUCCCAGACCAUCUUAUUCUUUACCGAAACAAAAGUAUUCAGUGCCUGAUUCCUCUGAGUCUGGCGAGUAUUCAUCCGUUAGGCCAUCUUAUUCACCCCCAAAACAAGAUUACUCAGCGCCAGAUUCUGUCGAGUCUGUAGAGCUCUACACCCUGGCUAGACCCAUUUACUCAUCCCCAUCUUAUUCAGCUCCAAGGGAAGGCUACCCAGCACCUGACUCAGCUGAGUCUCGAGAGAACUCACCUUCCAGGACAUCCUAUUCACCUCCCAGAAGAGUUUACUCAGCUCCUGACUCAGCUGAGUCUUUGGAAAGUUCACCUUCCAGGCCAUCAUAUUCACCUCCCCGAAAGUUUACUUCGCUCCUGACUCAGCCCUCAUAUUCACCUCCCAGAAGAGUUUACUCAGCUCCUGACUCAGCUGAGUCUUUGGAAAGUUCACCUUCCAGGCCAUCAUAUUCACCUCCCAGAAGAGUUUACUCGGCUCCUGACUCAGCUGAGUCUUUGGGAAAGUUCAUUUCCAGGCAAUCAAUUCACCUCCCAGAAGAUUUACUCGGCCCUGACUCAGCUGAAUUCUUUGGAAAAGUUCACCUUCAGAGGCCAUCAUAUUCACCUCCCAGAAGAGUUUACUCGGCUCCUGACUCAGCUGAGUCUUUGGAAAGUUCACCUUCCAGGCCAUCAUAUUCACCUCCCAGAAGAGUUUACUCAGCCCCCGACUCAGCUGAGUCUUUGGAAAGUUCACCUUCCAGGCCAUCAUAUUCACCUCCCAGAAGAGUUUACUCAGCUCCUGACUCAGCUGAGUCUCUGGAAAGUUCACCUUCCAGGCCAUCAUAUUCACCUACCAGAAGAGUUUACUCGGCUCCUGACUCAGCUGAGUUUCGAGAAGACUCAUCUUCCAAGACACCGUAUAAGCCUUCUAAACUAGGUGACUCAUCAAAGGACUCAGAUGAGUCCCCUGAGUUCAGCACUCCUCUGUUUUAUUCAUCGCCAAGAGCUUCUUACUCAUCACCUUUUGAGUUCUCAGCUUCAAGUCUUUAUUCACCUCCAGUUAUUUCACCAAGACCGAUUUACUCAUAA